ACUAGUGUUUCCCUUCUCCUUGGACUAGUCAAAAACCUCUCCUACUCUGUUUCCUCCGCUCAUCCUCUUCCCAGUCCACACCUCUCACGCGCGUGCGGUCUCCGAUCGCUUGCAUCUCCUGUUGUUUGGUCUCUCUUGGCUUCUUCCUUCGAGCGGCCGAGGAGUUGGAUUGCUUCGCGGGGCUAGGGGGCUUGUCCGUGGAAGGUGGAGCAUGGGCGGCGGCGAAUUAGGGCUUGCGAGGGAAGAUCGUCCGGAGAGAUUUUGAAAAGAACUCAAAGUGGUUUUUGUUAGGAAAUGGCAGAAGAUUGGGAGGGAAAUUAUGAUUCUAGUAGCCACUCCAAUGAGAAUAAUCAUGAACAGUUGCACGUUGAACCUAUUUAUGAGGCCUUCCUCUGCCCACUUACGAAACAAAUUAUGAGGGAUCCUGUUACAUUAGAGAAUGGGCAGACCUUUGAGAGGGAAGCUGUUGAGAAGUGGUUCAAGGAAUGCAGGGACAGUAGAAGGAAGCCAAUUUGCCCAUUGACACUGAAAGAACUGAAUAGCAUGGACCUGAACCCUAGUAUUGCUCUAAGGAAUACUAUUGAAGAAUGGACCCAAAGAAACGAAACUGCUCAGCUUGACAAUGCUUGUAGAUCUCUAACUUCAGGAAGCUCAGAAAGUGAUGUUUUACAAGCUCUAAUCUUUGUCGCAUAUAUUUGCCAGAAAAGCAGGUCCAGUAAGCAUGUUGUAAGGAAUGCAGACUUGAUACCUAUGAUUUCUGGCAUGAUGAAGAGUAGCAGCAGGAAAGUGCGAUGCAAAGCAUUAGAAACUCUUCAUAUUGUGGCUGCGGAAGACAAAGACAAUAAGGAAGCUAUUGCUGCAGGGGACACCAUUCGUACAAUUGUAAAGUUCUUGUCACAUGAACAUUCCCAGGAAAGAGAGGAAGCUGUCUCUCUUUUAUAUGAGCUUUCAAAAUCCGAAUCCCUAUGUGAAAAGAUUGGUGGGGUCAAUGGGGCAAUUCUUAUACUGGUUGGGAUGGCAAGUAGUAAAUCAGAAAACCUUUUGACUGUUGAGAGAGCUGAAAAAACACUAGAGAAUCUGGAAAAAUGUGAAAAAAAAUGUGAGGCAAAUGGCGGAAAAUGGUAGACUGCAGCCCCUUCUUACCCUGCUCCUUGAAGGUACCU